AUGUCGUAUCGAUCGGAUAGAUACAAUACUGGGCAGGUCCUAAGACAGGGGAUGGCUCGGCAUCCCUAUGUUAGAGACCUCAGCCGGCCUGUCACUCUUGCCCUGAUCAACGAGAUCGGAACGCACCUUCAAGUUUUGAGUCGAGCGAUGUUUAACAAAGGGCUGGACAACCAGCGCUUUUACCCGCAACCGACACUUCCGACCCGAGCUAUGAUGAAGGAUUUCGCUACCAGAGUGUUGACUCUCCCGUGGAACGAACUUAAAUUAGAUGGCGACACUUCAUCCGACGACGCCGUUAUUCGUGUUGCUGAGGCACUAAUCACAGCUUUCGCGAACGACCCAGCCUUCCACCAGGCCUCGCAGCAGUUUCGAUCCUUCGGCGUCCAGUGGCCCGCUACGAGGGGGCAGAAGCUUGCCGCUAAGCGGCUGAUGGACUUAGCGGUUCAAUCCCCUACGAUAUGGGAUACCAUCAAUCCACUGGACAUAGUAAAUGCGUUCAAUGUCUAUGACAUCCUGUACUGA